AUGUAUAAAAUAUACUUGUACGAGCAUGAUGUCGUCCAUGAUGAACUAGCUCUUCCGCGGCCUAAAUCCUAUAUCAACGAGAAACACCACACCUCGGAGAAACUUCUGGUUCGCAAAAUAGACAUGAGGUUGUUGCCAAUACUGGGUGCAUUAUACGCCAUAUCGCUCGUGGACAGAGUCAAUGUCGCGAACGCGCGAGUUGCCGGCAUGGAGGAAGAUUUGCGUCUGGACGUGGGGUCGCGAUACACCACUGCUUUGCUCGUCUUCUUUAUAGCACACAUCUUUUUCGGGUUACCCUCGAAUAUUCUUCUCUGCAAAGUCGGAACAGCAAAUUGGCUAGCCUUCAUUGCUUUCGCUUGGGGUACCGUCAUGCUGGGUCAGGGUUUCGUCACCAGUUACCAGGCACUUGCAGUAUGUCGCGCGAUACUUGGGUUCUGUGGAGCAGGUAGAACAUCUCCGUCUUUUGAUCAGCUAGGCAGUUCUGAGAUUUGUGAAGGCCUUUUUCCAGGCUGUGUAUAUCUAGUUUCUUGCUGGUAUGUGAGGUAUGAAGUACAAAAACGUCUAGCUGCAUUCUACCUGUUCUCCGUGAAUGUUGGUGGAAUUUCGAAUGUCCUGGCAUUCGGCCUUAUGAAGAUGGAAGGCAUUGGUGGUAUGAGAGGUUGGCAAUGGAUAUUUAUUAUUGAGGGCUUCGCCAUUCAGGUCAUUGCCAUUGCCGCAUGGUUCAUCAUCAUCGACUUCCCCGACAAAGCUCACAAGAAAGGUUUUCUGACCAAGAAUGACGCCGACUUCAUCGAAAGACGGAUACAGGAAGAUCGAGGAGAUGCCGUACCUGAUGCUCUGACAUGGAGAGUUUUUGGAAAGCACCUCCUCGACCUAAAGCUAUGGGCGUUUGCGCUCAUGUUUAUGUCGACAGUUACGCCAGCAUAUGCUUUUGCAUAUUUCACACCCAUCAUCGUCAGGAGCAUGGGUUACUCUGCAGGUGUUGCAAACCUUCUCUCGGCGCCUCCAGUAUUUGUCGCAGUCUUCAGUGCGUUCUCCUUUGCAUGGCUGGGUGAUAGAUACCGGACGCGUGCGCCUGUGAUUGCAGCACAAGCAAUCAUCUGCUUCGCGGGGCUUAUGAUAACCGCAUACCACAAGCACAAUACCAUUCGAUAUCUUGGAAUCUUCCUUGGAAGCGCUGGAUGCCAGGGCAAUAUCCCAGCGGUCCUGGCAUACCAGUCGAACAACAUCCGCUGCCAGUCCAAGAGAUCAGUUGGCACCGCACUGCAAAUGGGCUUUGGCGCCAUCGGUGGCAUCAUAGCUUCAUCAGCUUUCCGGGAGGUAGAUGCUCCGAGGUACUUGAAUGGCCUUUGGGCGACUGCCGGCUUACAGCUCCUGGUUCUAGUGCUCCUUGGUGGGACGACUUUCGCUUUCACACGAGCGAACAGGAAAUUGGCCCGAGGAACGUUGCAGCAGCCGAUUGAAGGCCUCGAGGGAUUCAAAUACACCAUUUAA